UUGCUUAGAACCAUUUCCGCAUCAACCAUGGCCAACUUCGUGGAGCUCAGUACCAAAGCCAAGAUGCCCAUUGUGGGCCUGGGCACCUGGCAGUCUCCUCCAGGCAAAGUCAAAGAGGCUGUGAAGGUAGCCAUUGAUGCAGGGUACCGCCACUUCGACUGUGCCUACGUCUAUAAGAAUGAGAACGAGGUGGGAGAAGCCAUCCAUGAGAAGAUCCAAGAGAAGGUGGUGAAGAGGGAGGAUCUCUUUGUUGUUAGCAAGCUGUGGUCCACCUUCUUUGCGAGGAACCUGGUGAAGGAAGCCUUCCAGAAGACGCUCAAGGAUCUGAAGCUGGACUACCUGGACCUCUAUCUUAUUCACUUUCCACAGGGUCUGAAGGUCAUGGAGGAGCUGGUAGAUGAGGGGCUGGUGAAGGCCCUUGGUGUUUCCAACUUCAAUCACUUCCAGAUCGAGAGGAUCCUGAAUAAGCCUGGACUGAAAUAUAAACCAGUGAUGAAUCAGGUUGAAUGUCAUCCAUACCUCACCCAAGAGAAACUGAUCCAGUACUGCCACUCCAACGGCAUCGGUGUCACAGCGUACAGCCCCCUGGGAUCUCCAGAGAGACCUUGGGCCAAGCCAGAAGACCCUUCACUCCUGGAGGAUCCCAAGAUAAAGGAGAUUGCUGCAAAGCACAAUAAAACCCCAGCCCAGGUUCUGAUUCGCUUCCAUAUCCAGAGGAAGGUGGUGGUGAUCCCCAAGACUGUGACACCAGCGCGCAUCGUUGAGAACUUUCAGGUAAGACUCCAGCUUGGCGUCUGGGAGGGCUCAGUGGAGUAG